CUCCUGGUGGCAGCCAGGUAACGAUACGGCGGCCAGGGUGCCGUAUGUGGGCGCUGCCGAGAUCCUGGGGAUGCUGUGGAUCUCGGUACCGACGAUCGUUACGUACGGCAUCACGUUCAUCGUGGGGACGUUCGGCAACGCGCUGGUGUUAUUCUGCACCGUCCGGUACAAGCGGCUGCGGGCGGCCACUACGUACUACCUGGCCAGCCUGGCCGCGGCAGACCUCAUCAUCUGCUCGGUCUGUGUGCCGAUCCGUACCGCUGAGUACUUCCUGCCGCAGUGGGAGCUCGGCAUGUUCAUGUGUAAGGCCAUCGCCUUCGUCCAGCUGUCGUCUGUCGUCUGCUCGGUCCUCACGCUCACCGCCAUCUCUAUUGAGAGGUACUAUGCCAUUCUGCACCCGAUGAAAGCUAAGUCAGUCUGCACGCUGGGUCGAACACGGAAGAUCAUGGCUGGUGUGUGGAUCAUGGCACUCAUUCUGUCUUCACCAAUACUCUAUGGCCAGACACUUGUUGGGUACCCGAUCUCGCCAGACCUGACGGUGUACCACUGCCAGCCGACCUGGCCGUCCGUUGUCUACCACCAGGUCUACAUCGUCUACGGAGCUCUAGUUAUCUUCCUCCUCCCCUUCAUCGUUAUGGUGUACACGUACGGCCGGAUAUGUCGUACUCUCUGGGUCAGCAACAAGCUACUGGAUGUGAUGACGCAAGGCCAGGCCGGCCACCACCAACCCACGCAGUGUCGUCUACAACCUCCCCCCAUGGGACUUGUGGUCCGCGUCAGGGGAAGCACCGCCCACUCCUCCAGCAGCUACAGAGACGGGACCGUCGUCUUUUCAAAUGAUAACGGAUCGUCGGCGUCACCAUGGCGACGACCCAAGCCCACCUUCAUGCCACAUCGCAGGUGUGCCCGGAUCGUCAACCGAAACUUGGAGACCUUCCGGGAGCAACAGGGCAGAAAACAGCUGAUUAAGAUGCUGAUAGUGGUCAUCGCGCUGUUUGCUAUCUGCUGGGUACCGCUGCUGCUGCUGAACAUCCUGAAGGCGUUUGACGCCGUGAACCCGUACACUCCCGAGGUGUACUACAUGGGCAUCGCGUUCCAGCUCAUGGGAUACGUCAACAGCUGUGUCAACCCUCUGUGCUACGCCUUUAUGUCCAAGAACUUCCGCCAGGUGUACCUGCGCGCCAUCGGCUGGCCGUGUGACGCGUUCCAUCGGAUGUCGUCCUGCACCAGUACCAGUAGCGGCAGCAGGAGGACCAUGGCCACCAAGAUGACGUUCUUCUCCGAGUCUCACAUCUCUCCCAACAGAGACCCGGCUACAGGCCCGCGCCUGCAGAUGGAGUCCACUCUGUAAAUGUUGGGAGAUCUGAUAGCUGUGUACCGCUUAGAGCACAAUACAUCGAUAUAUCGGUUCCCGUAUGGGGCAUCAUGAGCCACCCUAAUGCUUAGGGCACAAUUCUACCCCCGGGGCCCGGCCGGGCAGUUUCCAGGAACAAAAAUGAUUUAAAAGACCAAAGAAAAAAAUAUAGUUUAAAAACUAGCCACGAGUACUUCUUGUAG